CUUGGAUUCAGUAUACUCUUCCACCCUCCUUACAAAACCCCCGUCUGUAGAGAUAAAAGCCUCCCGAGAGCCGAAGGGGAUUUCGCCGCCUCUGCUCGCUCUCCUUCCGCCGCCAUGAGCGACUCCAAGCCGCCAGCGUCUAAAGAUUCGACGCUCCAGCUCAGCGUGGACGACGAGAUUGCAACUGUCCAGACCACAGCGUCCACUACGAAGAAGAAGGAGGAUCUGCGUAAUGAGAGCACAGGCAUCACUGUGGGUGACUCGACGCACACACUGUCGGAUGGCAAAACGAUCCAUUACUCAGCCGAGAGGAUCAUCGGCAACGGUUCGUUCGGCGUCGUGUUCCAGGCGACAGUUGAGGAAUCUGGCGAGAUCGUAGCGAUCAAGAAAGUGCUACAGGACAAGCGCUUCAAGAAUCGAGAGUUGCAGAUUAUGCGGCAACUACACCAUGUGAACAUUGUGCAACUUAAGCAUUGCUUCUAUUGCAACGGAGAGAAGCCCGACGAGUUGUAUCUAAACCUCGUGCUCGAGUACAUUCCUGAUACGGUCUAUGGCGUUGCCAGGCAGCUGCAGAAGGCCAAACAGUACAUGCCUGUUGUGCUGGUGAAGCUCUACAUCUACCAGAUCUGCCGCUCGCUGGCCUAUAUCCACUCGAUGGGCAUCUGUCACCGCGAUAUCAAGCCACAGAACUUGCUGCUUGACCCCAGAUCUCACGUGGUAAAGCUCUGUGACUUCGGAAGCGCCAAGGUGCUACAGAAGAACGAGCCCAACGUGUCGUACAUCUGUUCGCGCUACUACCGCGCCCCGGAGCUGAUUUUCGGCGCCACGGACUACACCACAGCGAUCGACAUCUGGUCACUUGGCUGUGUGUGCGCUGAGCUGCUACUGGGUCAGCCUUUGUUCCCUGGUGAGAGCGGUGUGGAUCAGUUGGUUGAAAUUAUCAAGGUGUUGGGCACGCCGCAGCGCGAGGAGAUCGAAGCCAUGAACCCGAAUUACACGGAGUUCCAGUUCCCGCAGAUUAAAGCUCAUUCCUGGAGCAAGAUCUUCCGCUCACGAACUCCACCCGAGGCUAUUAACUUGCUGUCCAAGAUGCUGGUCUACGACCCGAAGCGACGUGUGAAACCUCUGGAGGCCGCGGCGCAUCCGUUCUUCGAUGAGCUACGACAGGAAGAUCUGAAGCUGCCAAACGACGUACCGCCCCCUGCGCUGUUCAAUUUCACCUUGCAAGAACUUUCGCAGGUGGAUGUUAGUACGCGCGAGAUUUUAGUACCGGUCCAUGAGCGAAACUCAACCAACUGGCCGGUCUUAGAGGACGGCACGUGGCCUGACGCGGCAGCUCAGGGGACGUCCUAAACUCUUGCACACCCGAGCAAAACACGAAAGACCCAAAGGAGACAGCAAUCGAGUUGACCGAGGGUGACACAAAAUGUAUUUUGCUUGUAUCUUUUGUGGGUGGCUGUGGUCGUUCAGCUUACUCUUUUGUAGCUUAUAAGGUAAGAAUGUUUGUCGUCGAACUGCCGUCACUACUGCUCGUCUCGCGAAUGCUGGUGAGAGGAUGUACUGGCAUUUGUCGAAGCAGAUGCGCUUCAGGUCCGUUGCGAAAGCCUGCCGAUGUGUGCAGCCGUCGAUCUCGUGUAGCUGCAUCCUGAGCCACACCGAGGAAACUGUCCAAGCCUUCUCUUGAUCUACUGCUAUAGGAAGUGAACCCCAUGGAUGUCUGAGGACGUACUCGUGCAGUGUCCUCCACUUUUGCUUGCUGGAAGUGUUCUUCCCACUCCUUUUUCGUGUUUUUGAUGCCCUAUUUCACAGGUUUUUUCUUAGUACUUUCAAUAGUGCAAGCCACUACAGCAUCAGUAACGAACAUUUCGGAUGAGCUCCAGUGAAACUUCAUUGUGUAGUAUGAGCUCAGUCAGCUCCAUGUCGAUUAACGAAGAUUCAUCAAGCAGCUGUGUCAAAAAAAAAAAAAAAA